UUCGUGCAAUUCGCAUAAGGUUCGUGUGUGUCACAUAAGGUUUGUACGUUUUCACAUAGUGAUUCGUGCGUAUCACAUAAGAAGAUUCGUACGAAUCUCAUAAGGUUCAUGCAAAUGCUUUAAUAGGCACCCCUGACUUAGCCUUUGUUCAUUACUAGUACCAAUUAAUUUGUUCCAAUUCUGAUCAUUGUUUUUAUUCAGGUUUUAAACAACCUUCCUCUGCAGGGAGUUUUCUACCAAAAAGCAGGCGUCUACGACCAGAUGCCAUGGCAAUGAAGCUGACAAUCAGCAUCUUCCUGUUUCUGGGACUGCUGUGGCUAACAAAUGCAGGUGAGAAAGCAGUUGGGAAUUUAUUGUUCAUUCAUGAAUCACAUUGGACUGUGACAUUGCCCAAUGCAAUGCACUGUUGCAUGAGUGUGGUACAGUGCUUCUUACUAAUCUUAGGGGUACAGACAUGUACUUGACAGAGGCGAUAGCAGCAAAUUUCAUGGGGGGAAGUAUAUUGCGGCUGCCCCCCUUGCCCACCUGUGAUGCUGUCAUCGUCAAAACCUCUGUCCCUGAUGUAACGUAAACAUCCCUCAAGUAAAUGCCUGACAUUCUCGUUAUCCAGGCUAUCCUCGUCUUCACUUUGCAGGAAAUUACCGCGCUGACACGGCCACCCUCAACAACGAUCCCGCCAACUUCAACAUCCACAAUUUUCACCCCAAGCCACCGUGUGACUUAAACAACACCUACCCACACUGCGCUUGGAACGAGAAAGGCAGCAAUGAUUUUAGCCUUGUCAACUGUUUUGUAAAAAAAGUCUGCUACAAGGAUGGAGAGUGCUCCAAAGAUGACGCUCUGGUUGGCAAACGGAUCAUUGGAAGUGAUGACACUGUGGCUGGCAAGAUGGCGAUUCUCGACCCUUUCUACGAGUUGGAAACCACCCAGGUGUUUGGUCUUUAUGUCGGCGUGGAGGACGCUUUUCAAGGCAAGUUCCAGACCAACACAGUGAUGGACAUUUGGACACGAUGUAAGAACUGUGGUGUAUAUCAAGGAAGAUCUGGGUACUAUAGCUCCGUACUCACAGAUGUCACAUGGAUGGAGGAACAAACAGGCUCCAGAUUCAUUAACGAACUUCGAUAUUACCAACAAGACAACAGUAUCAUGAACAUAAAGUUCACAUUAGAUAUCUUCCAGAAAAUUCCUACGAGACCUGGCUUCGCUCUUGGACGGGUCAUCGGAACCAUUUCAGCUGUGGAUGGAAGUCUGGGGUUGCUGCCUGAGUUCAACAGAAUGCUGUGGGGGCAGGGCCCAAAGUGGCUCUCACCAGAUCAAAACAGUACUACCAUUACCAAGGACUACAACAAUGCACCAUUCUACGUGGACAACAAGAACAAGAAGGUCAUUGUAGAUCUCAGCAACAGUCUACAAACCGACCCAGUGGGUAACUUCAUCGACCGGCAAAACCUCUUCCUUGUCAUUCUUCAAAAUAUCUCUGCUUUGACAAUGGUAGGAGGAAAGAUCACCGACUGUAGCAUUCUCCUAGACCAGCGUUGCAAUAAUUUGGGACGUAUUCCAUACACUGAGUCGGGGUUUCUAGUGGAUGAUGCGGGCAUAGCAACGUUUUGCUUGAGCCCCCUGACACACAGGAACCCCCUAAUGAUAGUGAGAGAGGAGGAGCCCUUAUGCCAGUAUUGUCCCAGACAGUGCACACCCAUCCUUGUCGAACACCUGCAUGGACUAUAUGUUGGUCCGGCAGAAGAUCGUCUUUUCCGUAUUCCGCAACCACAAACUGAGAUGAUGAGAUCGGAUGAAGAAGACGCAGGUGGAGAGGACAAAGAUGGUAAGGCAUGCUGGUCAUUGACGGUAUUUGCUGCAAAAUUUGGAGAACCAAAGGCAGGUGUUCCGCUGAGUGUUCAACCUUACCACAUACCCAACGUCACGACAGGCGAACCAGCAGAUGCAAUAGAAAUCAAUGCUGGAGACUGUAGGGGAAACGGCAAAGCUGCGACAAACGCGUAUGGCAUUGGCGCCUUUCAUUUCAAAACCGAUGGAGAAGGGCUUGAUUGCAGCCGCCGACCACCUAACAGAGAGCACUUAUUAGGCCAGUUGUACGUCUACAACGUGACCUUGUCCAAUGACAUAUCCUUCCCUCCCGAUCUCCUGACAUCGACACACUUGUACUGUAAGGUUGACAAGAAAGCCAACUACACUUGGGAUGACAUUUACCCUAUUCUUAAAUUGUACGAUAACUUUUCCCAGUCAUGAAACCACUUUUUAAUCUGGCAUCCCAAGAAAGUGUAAUAAAGCAUAAAAGAGCACUGUGUUACGCAAUGGGUCUGCCUAUAGAGAAUCCAAACCACAUGCCUGUCACUCGCGAUCUGUCUCCAGCAAAGAGAGACAUGAUCCUGGAGUGGCUAAAACAACCCCCCCAGCCAGUCCCUCCAAACCCCAGUCUGGAAUAUGUAAAGAAAAAUUUGGCGGUAGCCCUUAAGCUUGAGUGGGCAACAAUCCCCCCCUACCUGAGUGCCUACUACAGUCUCAAGGAUGACAACGAAGACAUCGCACAGCUUAUCAAGGGCAUCAUAAUAGAGGAGAUGACACACAUGUCGAUGGUGGCAAAUAUCCUUAACUUUCUUGGAGGAGAACCGAUCCUUAAUGACCCACCUAUGUAUCCAACUUAUCUUCCUGGAGGUGUCAAUCCAGGACUCAAGGUCCCAUUGUCUAAGUUUUCUUUGAAUGUCACCAAUAAUGUCUUCAUGGCUAUAGAGAAGCCAGAAUGUGAUCCAGGCAUCCUGAAUGUGCAUGAGGUACUCUUGGCAAUCCCUGCUCGCGUACGCCCUAAAGACGUGCCUGAACAAUGCCUGAACAUCAAUAACAAGGGCGAUUGUGAUCCAUUACGUGGAAAUAUCAUACAGAAGUGUGAUGAGUCGCCCAAGGACUUUGAUAAUGCUACAAUUGGUGCAGUCUAUAUUCACAAAAUCUUAUGCCCAAUGGUCAAACUAUACAACUCCACUCCAGAACUCUUCACCCCAACAGAAGAAGGCCUGAAGAAACAGGUACCCAUACCGUUUUGUGUCCUUGACAUCUGCUCAGCGAUAGAAGGUAUAAAGUACAUUGUUGGGGAGGGCGAAGGUAGCGAUCCAUGCAAUCCCUUCUUUGAAGGAGAGCUCAGCCACUAUUACAAGUUUAAGGAGAUCUGGAAAGGAAGAAAACUGACAGAGGUGAACAACACUGACAGUGCUGGAGAUGAAGAUUCUGGUGACACAUCCUCUCAGACCUGCAUGGACGGAGGCUGUGACAAUGCAGACAACAACUUUACGCCGUGUAAGAAGGAUGUAACUUGUCCAAAGAAUUACACCUUCAGCGGGGAUCCCAUACCCUUCCAUGAAGAUGGAGUGUGGCCUACCGUCCCGAACCCCAGCACCAAGCUGUACCCACCAGGAUCGAAUGUUCGCAUCCUGUCCGACAGCUUCAACAAGAAGUACACCAACCUGAUGAACUGUCUGCACGAGGUUUACAACGGCAAUCCGGGUCUAUUCAGCCAGUGUUACGCCCUGAUGACGUCUCUGACUGUGGAUGCUAAGAGACUCGUCCAGACCCCCAUAUACCCCGGUGGGCCGCAUGGUGCCCCGA